UUUAUACGUGUCUAUAUAUACGAUCUCUCUCGUCGACACCAAUUUUGUAUAAAAGAUUUUACAUAUUUCUUACAACCCAUAAGAAAACCCCAUGAGUUCUUCUAUCGCAUUUGCACUUGUCUUCUUUCUCCUUUCUCUCAGUCCAACUUUAUCAUUGCCGUCUAAACGCAACAGCUACGUUCAAAACGCAUGUAGAGUUACACACUACCAAGAUCUCUGCGCUAAAACGCUAUCGCCGUUUGCAUCAGUCGCCAAGAACAGUCCCAGCAAAUGGGCACGUGCAGGCGUUUCCGUGGCCAUAACCGACAACAAAGACGUCCUUAGAUACCUUCUCAAAACGCGGCUUUCAACGGUCGGGAAACACGACCGCGUCGCUCUGUCGGACUGCCGAGAACUGCUUCAAGACUCUCUUGAUAGUCUCCACAAGUCCCUGGCCGUCCUCCGGACACUCAGAGCCAGCGAGUUCCAGCAGCAGAUGAGUGAUCUUGCCACGUGGCUUAGUACUUCCCUCACGGACAAGGACACGUGUCUAGAUGGGUUUGAUAAAACGUCGACGAAGUCAUCAACGGUCAGGAUGAUUCGGAACAGAGUGACAAUGUCUUUGUAUGUGUCAAGCAAUUCGCUCGCGCUCCUUAACAAGCUCGCGGCUAAUGGUUUGCAAUCUCAUAAAUCAUAAAAUUUGACAAAGAUUUGGUUUCCAUGUGUGUGUAACAUCAUUAAUAAUAAUGUGGUUCAUUGUUGAAUUAUUAAGAUUAAGUGUAUCUAUCCUCUUAAUAGGAAAAUCAAAAAAAAAAGAAAGUGUAAUCUAUCUCAUUUGAAUCGAAUGGAAUUAUUUAAAAGGAUUAAA